ACGCGAUCUUCACGUUGCACACAGAAAAUGUCCAAGCACGUCUGAGGAAGCAUGACUGCGUCUGAAAACUGCAUGUUGUGAUCUCGAUACCAAGACCCUAGUAUAAUUGUACAUAUAUAUCCAAUAACCCAACAACUGUACAAUACACACCGCGACUCCCGUCUUCUUCACAAACCGACCCGCAUUGCGGACCUCUUUGGCUCUGCUGCCUACACACUUACAAGCGACAACCCGGGACAAGAAAGAUAUCCACGCCCGGUACUUCGUAUUCUUUUUAGUCACCCAAACAAAUCGAAACAACUCCAACGUCCGUCCUCAAAUUCAGUGCCAAGUCAUCCCACCAAAUAAUGUCUUUCUUCCAUACCGGAGCCUCCUCCGCUUCCAGUGACGCCGCCCCCGUCGUCAUAAUGUCCACCUCAACUCCAGCUUUUUCCUUUGGCCAAGUCCAAGAUCCCUCCUCCUCCUUAAGCAACAAUCACAAUCACAACCACAACAAUAACAACAACAACAGUAGUGAUACGCCAACGCCGUCGACCUUCCCCUCUUUCACCACCUCCUUCUCCUCGCCCUACCAACCCCAAUACCGACCAAAAAUCAGCUCUCCCCUCUCUUCCUCGCCCAUCAGACCAUUCGAUUCAAUGUCCCGAUCUUCACCACCAGGUUCACCGACCUCGAAACCACGAGGAAUCUUUGGAGGACAGUCACAAUCAUCACCUAUCUUUGGGUCGUUUUUGCAAAGUCAAGGACAGGGACAGGGACAGGCAGAUGGAGCACAACAGCAGUUAGACGGGGGGAACAACAACAACAACAACAACAACAACAACAAAUUCCUGAAAUACAACUCCCGGCCCUCUCGACCUAUGAACCACCCUUCCCUUUCCUCCAACCGCAAAGAAGACCGACGGCGUUUGUUCUUGCAGAAUGUGAGGCAACGAGCGGACGAUAAGGCGUGGGAGAGGAGGGGUGGAGAGAAUGAGCUCCUAAAACUAGAAUGGCUCCGCUUCAACCGCGAACUCCGCCUCGCAAAAGAAGCCUCUGCCCCUCCCAACCCUUUCAACUCCUCUCAGUUCCACACCGGUACCGGCGGUGGUGACGGUUCUGCUGCUUCUGCUCUCGAGCAAGAAAUCGAAGAACUCGCCCAGCUACGAGCAAAGUUCAACCACCAGCAACAAUUUCUCGAAGGCCUGUUGGAAGAUCAACCACUACCAGGGGGAGAACAGGAUAUGGAUGCUUAUAUGGCGGAUAUGAUUGCGCGAGAGGAGGAGGCGGAGUUGGAGGCGUUGUUGGCGCUAAAUCAGCAGGCGCAGGAGGAUUUGAGGGCACGAGAAGGGCAGCAACAACAACAAGGGGAUGAUUAUAUGGAGGAGGAGGGGGAGGAUGAUGAGUACGAUGCGCUGUUUAUGGAGGUUUUGGCGCAGCAGCAACAGCAACAGCAACAGCAACAGCAGCAACAACAACAACCAAGUGGUGAUGGUGGUGGUGGUGGUGGUGGUGAUGCGGGGAUACAGCAUCAGCACCACAGUCAGGACGACGUGGAGAUGGGAGGGUAAAUACCAUGGUGACGCUUGAUAUUUUUCUUGCGCUUCGCUCAUAUCAUGGGGCACAUAUUGGAUUCAUAGCUUGCAUUUGCAUAGGAAAGGAGUUCGGGUUACAUUCAUCGAGGAUUGAUUGUGUUCGGAGACAUAAAAGGAACACAGCCACUAGUCAUUUUCAGAUUAGAAGGGUAUAUGCAACAAGAAUACGGGUCGGUACACGAGGGUGUGCAGGAUCA